AUUAUGUCAAUCGAAACUUUUUUCUAUGAAAAGAAAAACAUAGUUUAAAAAAACAUAACGUCAUCAUUAGAAAUAGAAAUGCGUUUGAAAUAUGACAGCAUGUUUAUAUCUUAUGCAAAAUUUGAGAAUAGAGGAAACCGUUCUACAUUGAUAUUUUGGAUUCCGAUAUAUGUUUAGGUCCCAGCUAACUGAAUGUCCUGGAGCAAUCCCAGGCCAGGACAGAAAGUUUGGGUGUGAAAAAAAUUAUCUUAAAAUAUGAUUGACUCACAAAAAAUAUUGCUAGUUUCACCUGAACAUCACUAUAUAAACUCGUGUCAAUGAUUGGACCAUUAGAAGGCUAGGUAAACUGUUGUAGAAAUAGAACCAAUUUGAAAAAAAAAAACGACAACUGGUUGCCUACACAAAAUGGAGGGGUACAAUUUAGAAAACCUACAGUCAGACUUGAGGAUCGAGCUUGUGAAUGGCCUAACAGGAGAGAAUGUUGAGUCGGUGAAGGAUCUGAUGUCUCGUUAUAAAAGUGACCCCCGGGAUUGGAAGGACAUGGAGAAAUGGAGCGAUAUCAAGUACACAAGGACUUUGCUGGACAAAGGUAACGGCCAUUAUAAUCUGAUGAUUCUGUGCUGGAACGUUGGACAGGAGAGCCCCAUACACAACCACCCCAACUCACACUGCUUCAUGAAAACACUAGAGGGUGUGGUCCACGAGGAGCUCUACAGGAAACCGGAUAUGACGUCGUGUCAAUGUUCAUGCGGAUGCAAGAUGGAGAAGAUUGGAGACAGGGACUAUGCAGUAAAUGACGUGGCCUUAAUAACUGACAAAGAUGGCGUGCACAGAGUUGGAAACAGAAGUCACGUGGACAGAGCCGUGACGCUACAUCUCUACUCGCCGCCAUUUACCACGUGUCACAAGUAUGACGACGAUACGAGCAAAGAGACGGAGGUCCCCAUGGGAUUCGAUCAGGACUUCAGUGGUCGGUGUUGUAGCACCACAUGCCCCAGUUAAUAAUUUUAUAUUAAGAACGAUGUGCAGAUUUUUUUUACUGUAAUAGAAUCUCAAUGUACCAUUUGAGUAAACCGUGUGUAUUUAUUCAUACCUAAAUUUGCGCGUGGUGGAAAGAUUUGUUAAAUAUUUGUUUCUAUAGUUUGUUUUUCUGUCAGCUUUGAUUUCACUACAUUCUGUUAAUAUUUAAGAUAUGGUUGAAUUGCCAAAUUAAAUUUUUGCCAAACAUUCUUGUAUAGACCUUAUAUGUGAUGUUGUUUUGUAGAUGGAAAAUAUCAUUCCACAUAUUAUUGCAAUACAAAUGCAAUUUUACAUUUAGUGUUUUUUAAGAUACA